AGCUCCGCUCCCCUUCUCACUCAAAACUCACGAAGAUCCCUCGCUUUCCCUGACUUUCCCUUUCUCUCCCAUCUUCCUCCAAACCAUACACAAGCCAGAUGGCCAUCAACAGGGACUCCACUCCCCCUCCAAUGAUCGGCAAGAUUGGGCCCUACACUGUCUUUAUGACGCCGCCCUCCACCCCUAAACCGCCCGAACCGGUUUUUGAUUCUCCCCGGAAGGUGGCCGCGCCGGUCUUUGAGUCCCCCAGGAAGGUGGCCCCGCCCCCGGUCCAGCCGCCGCCUCAGCAAUUGGUGAAGCCCAUUGCCGUAUCUUCGGAUUCCUCGUCCGAUGGCUCGGUGUUGGGGAUUUUUAAGAAUGCGGUCACCAAAGUGCAGAAGGCUCAUUCAAGUUUGGACGACCAUUUGGCACGCUGGUUUGGAUUAAAUCAGUCAAAAUAUCAGUGGGCGCUAGAUGAUUAUUACCAGAGCAAGGGAGUGGAAAAGGACGAUGCAAAACCAAAAGAGAUAUCUAGCAAAAUGCAGAGUGUGUAACAUGGUUUCUGGACGGGUAAAGAUAACAUGAUGUUUAAAUACCCCUUUUUGUUUCAACUGGGAAUUUACGUUGGUUUGCAGAAUUAAUUGCAAGAGAGAGCUCGUGCAGACAUCUUUUGAGUAUACUAUAUAUACAUAUAUAUGGAGUAGAAGUGCAUCUGAAUCUGUAGAAUCCAACCAACUUCUGGGUUUCCGGUUAAUGCAAUCCUCUGCCUGUUGCAACAGCUGAAUUUGGUUGUCUAACAAUUUAUAAGCCAUCUGAGUCCAUAGUUUCAACCAAACUUUUCUAUAUGUACUCCUUUAAGCUGCCAGCAGAUUGUUGUUGCUGUUGUACUUGUGGGUUCUGUACUUUCGGCUUAUUGGUGUAUUUGUAUUUUUCGUGAAAGCCAUAAUUUGUGGCUUGCGAUUGUAGGACAUGCUUUUAUUGUGAUCUAUUUGUUGUUUGUCAUCA